GUUUCGUUCGUGCAUCAAGAUGGCGGCGGCUCCUGACAGCAGAGUGCUCUCCUACAGUGUUUAUAAAUGGAGCUCGUACUCCUCUACGUAUUUACCCGAGAAUAUUUUAGUGGAUAAACCAAACGAUCAGUCUUCCAGGUGGUCAUCUGAGAGCAACUACCCUCCACAGUACUUGAUCUUAAAACUGGAGAGACCAGCUAUCGUUCUGAGCAUCACCUAUGGCAAAUAUGAGAAAACCCACGUGUGCAACCUGAAAAAGUUCAAAGUGUUCGGAGGCAUGAGCGAAGAAAACAUGACGGAACUCUUGUCUAGUGGCCUUAAGAAUGACUUCAACAAGGAGACAUUCACGCUAAAGCACAAGAUCGAUGAGCAGAUGUUUCCCUGCAGGUUCAUUAAAAUAGUGCCUCUGAUGUCAUGGGGGCCCAGCUUUAACUUCAGCAUCUGGUAUAUUGAGUUACACGGCAUAGAAGAUCUAGAAGUUGUCCAGCCCUGCCUUAACUGGUACAGUAAGUACCGUGAACAGGAGGCCAUCCGCCUGUGCCUGAAACACUUCCGGCAGCACAACUACACAGAAGCCUUCGAGUCCCUGCAGAAGAAAACACGGAUCGCUCUGGAGCAUCCCAUGCUCACGCACCUCCAUGAGCGGCUGGUUCUCAGAGGAGACUUUGACGCCUGCGAGGAGCUCAUUGACAAAGCCGUGAGAGAUGGUUUGUUUAAUCAGUACAUCAGCCAGCAGGAUUAUAAGCCACGCUGGAGUCAGAUCAUCCCCAAAUGUAACAAAGGUGAUGGUGAUGAUAACAGGCCGGGCAUGAGAGGAGGUCAUCAGAUGGUCAUUGAUGUUCAGACAGAAACCGUGUAUCUGUUUGGUGGCUGGGAUGGAACGCAGGACUUGGCUGAUUUCUGGGCGUACAGUGUGAAGGAGAACCAAUGGGCCUGUAUCUCCAGGGAUACAGAGAAAGAGAACGGUCCCAGUGCUCGGUCGUGUCACAAAAUGUGCAUCGACUCUCAGCGGAGGCAAAUCUACACUCUGGGCCGUUAUCUGGACUCCUCUGUCAGAAACAGCAAGUCACUGAAGAGUGACUUCUACUGCUAUGACAUUGACGCCAACACGUGGACUCUCCUAAGCGAAGACACGUCUGCUGAUGGAGGACCCAAACUCGUGUUCGACCACCAGAUGUGCAUGGACUCUGAGAAACACAUGAUUUACACUUUUGGUGGUCGGAUUCUGACGUGUAACGGCAGCGUGGAUGACAGCCGGACGUCAGAACCUCAGUUCAGCGGGCUUUACGCAUAUCAAUGUCAAGCUGGCAGCUGGAGUCUGCUCAGAGAAGACUCAUGUAACGCCGGGCCGGAGGACAUCCAGUCCCGCAUCGGACACUGCAUGCUCUUUCACACGAGAAAUCGCUGCCUGUAUGUUUUUGGAGGUCAGAGGUCCAAAACGUACUUGAAUGAUUUCUUCAGUUACGAUGUUGAUGGUGACCACGUGGAGAUCAUCUCAGAUGGCACCAAGAAGGACUCAGGCAUGGUACCAAUGACAGGAUUCACUCAGCGUGCCACCAUCGACCCAGAGCUCAAUGAGAUCCACGUUCUAUCAGGACUCAGCAAAGACAAAGACAAACGCGAGGAGAAUGUACGCAACUCCUUCUGGAUCUACGACAUUGCACGCAACAACUGGUCAUGUGUUUAUAAGAAUGACCAGGCGGUGAAAGAAAACCCCACUAAGGCCCUACAGGAAGAGGAACCUUGUCCUCGUUUUGCUCAUCAGCUUGUCUAUGACGAGUUGCACAAGGUGCAUUACCUUUUCGGUGGAAACCCAGGGAAGUCCAGCUCACCCAAAAUGAGAUUGGAUGAUUUCUGGUCCCUAAAGCUGUGCCGGCCUUCCAAAGAAUAUCUGCUUCGACACUGCAAAUACCUCAUUCGCAAAUACAGGUUUGAGGAGAAGGCUCAGACCGAGCCCUUGAAUGCACUUAAAUACCUACAGAAUGAUCUGUCCCUUACCGUGGACCACACCGACCCCAAUGAGACAAAAGAGUUCCAGCUCUUACCCUCUGCUCUGUUCAAAUCCAGCUCAGACUUCAUUCCUCUAGGCUUUUCAGAUGUGGAUCAGACGUAUGCCCAGCGCACACAGCUGUUCGACACACUUGUCAAUUUCUUCCCUGACAAUAUGACCCCGCCCAAGGGUAACCUUGUCGACCUCAUCACCCUGUAGCCACACCCCACUCAGUAGACCACACCCUCUUUAGACCUCUCAGACUCCUCCCACCCAAAACAGAAGUUAUUUUUCUACAUUUUCCACCUGAGGUGUGCCGUGCCCACCUACUGUGUUUCCUCCUACAGAAGUAAUGCCACUUAAACGUCACUGAGAUUUACUUAAAAUGCAGAAAUAUAAUGUUCUACUCUGGAGUGCCAGGGUUGUGCUUUUUUUAUUUUUUUAUUUUAAAAAGGUUUAGGUUUAAAUUUGCAUAUCUGCCAAAUUGUGCACCGAGUUGAUUUGCCUAUUCUUUCUUUUUUUUUUAAACAAACUUAAGCUUAGUUUUUCAGGUCUGUUUGAGUUUAUCAUUCAAAUUUUCUUUCAUACAGGUUGAAAUGUAGGUGAGUUAUAAAUCCGAACAGUUUACAUCAUAAAGGGGUGGAUUUGAUUUAUGAACUAUGAUCAUCAUGGGUUCCUUUUUGCCUGAUUUUAAAUCAAAUUUUUAUGGACAAAUACAUGUGCGCUGAGCCUGUGGAGGCCGAAGGCAAAGAUCAGAGCGCCCUCUAGAGUCAGUUCUCUCACUCUCAAUUCUGUUCACUCUCAAUACUGGCUUCCAUCUAAACCCACUGCUGCUAUUUGAUGCUGCCAUGACAUUAGUGCUUUCUUUGACUCUUUAAUAGUGAUGAAACGCCCGAUUCCAUAACUAAGUUCUCAUCCACAGAUCUUAAAAGGAAUGUAGUGACAUGUUUGAGGUGUCAUGCACACAUAUAUGUACACAACAACUGUUUUCCUGUGUGUGUGUGUGUGUGUGUGUGUGUGUGUGUGUGUGUAGUAACGCAAAUAUUAUGAUGCUUCAUGGCAACACUUUGUACUUUAACAGGUCAUUACACUUGUAUCCAUUAGCGAAUGGAUUAGCGAACACUUUGCUGCAAUUAGACAAACCGAAGAUAUGGAUGAUUUGAUUUUUUUGAAGUAUAGAUUGCUGUUUACUUCAGGUUGUGGCUGCUUUCUUCUGAACUCAAUAUAGUCCUGUUACAUAGACUGUUCAGCUUACUGGUACCAAUUCAAAGGACCCUUAUUGGGACACCGAAGACAGAAGAGACCCCUCACUAUUUAUUAUUAUUAUUAUGUCUUGGUGAACUUGAGCCCUGAAUAUUAUGUCUAUCGCUAUGAUGUCAUAGAGACGUCUAUAUGUGCCCUUCAUUCCGUAUGAGCUUCCGGAUUGUUUAAAUUCUGGACAGAUGAAAGUGUGUUAGAUGAUAGUCUUCCAUUUACUUGGUCUCCAUUUGUGUAGUGUUAGUUUAACAGCAGUUGCUUUUGUUAUUCGUCUCCCUGUGCAUGAGUAGGAAGUGUUUGCCCUGCAAAAAAAAUGUUCCGGUAAUUGGAUCGCUCUUAAAUUUGCUGUAGUUUUGGCUUCACCCACGCAGAAACCAAAGGCUCAAAGAACCAUAGGACAGUGCAUUAUGCUUCACCCUGCUGAUUGUGUCCUCCCAAGUGUAUCUCAUAUCUCAAUUCCCUGAACUCAGUGUUAGCUGUAAUUUGGCUCUGUGGAGAUACACUCACUGCGCACUGGAGUGUGGAAGAUUGUGAUUGGCCCAUUUGUGAUUUCUAAGAUUCAGUGCUCUUUAUUUCUUUCCUGGCGUGAAAGCAAUUUGGGUGUUUAUGAUUUGGAAACCAGGGCUUACUUUUGCCUUUCGUAGAUUUAGCAUUGUCUUUGUGCCAGGAAGAAAGUUCCUAGAAAAAAAGAAGUAUGAAACCAAUGAAAUUGAAUAUACACGAGAGGAUCGACACUUACAACCGGAGACUUUUUGUCGCACUUAAUGCCAAAUACGUUUUCUUGCUUUCGGUGUACAUUUCUGCAGUGUCAGAGAUGAAGUGACGUUUUAUUUUCUUCUCUCCUGGAAAUUCUCAUCUCUUCGAGCCCGUGAGGGUACGUUGAGAUGUCAGCACUACACUGUGGCUCUCAUGAAUGUGUAGAACCUAUUAAAGAACUGCAUUGUAUGUAAUGUACAUAAAGAAUAAAGAUUGUAUUUUGUUCAAGUUUUCUUAAA